UAUGAAAAGUGAAUGUGUUGACCCAAAAGCAGAUCACUUCGUCUAGGRCUUGACUUUGAUCAAGACUGCAAUCUUUCUUAGUCUAAAGGGGAGGCAAUUAAGGCAGCCAUUGAUAGUCUUACGACACAAUCUUCAAACGCUUAAAAGAAUGGAUUAGUCAUGAGACUGAUGAGUUAUUAAUGAAGUAAAGGAAGCUGAAACGACAGUGUUUGAAAAAGUUGAAAACAUGGAGAACAAGGUGGACCAACUAAGCCGCGAAACUUCAAGGCCGGUAAAACAUGAAGAAUUGAGUCUCCAAAAACUCAAGGAAGCGAUUGCAAAGCAGACAGAAUUACAGCUAAAAAGGAUAGCAGAAUUAGAAUCAAUGAAAACCAACGAUAUUUUCACCAGGAACUUAAUUGUUCACCACGGCAGUCCCGAAAAAGAUAAGCCUAGUCAUAAACCCGGAUUGACUGACAAGGAAGAUAGUCAAAGCUUUAUUCAAACUCUACGUAACAAAUUCCGGAUGCAACGCAGUCAAGAGAAUGAGAAUUCUAAGAGAAGAGUUUCUGAUGAACCAGGCGUUGCAAUAGGGAAGCCAUUCUUCUCACAAACACGUGUCCUCAGGGAUUUUGACAAGACUUCAAUGUCCCAUCCGGGCAUCAAGUUUACUUACCUGAUUCCCUUUGACAAAGGUCUCAGUCUUGAAAAGCUGAUCAAUCUUUCCCCUUUGUUGGAUGAAGCCACCAUGAUCGACGACACACUAAUGGAGUAUUUUAUUCGGCAUGCAGGGCAGCUGUUUAUUGUUUUCGAUGGAUUUGACGAAUGUAAAGAACAAUUUAAAAUUGUCGACGAUGUUGAAGACCCCAGUGACAUUAAAACCAAGAUAAGGAUAUCAUUGAAUCGGUUUUCAUGGUUAUUCAUAACCGGCAUUUUCAAUAGAGACAUUUCAGAAAACGUUGAAGACUGAAUACUGCAUAGUACAUUCCAAGACAUUUAAUGCAUUGUUAUUAUCAAAAUAAACUUCACGUUCGCUGCAUUACAAAAUGACAUUUAAUUCUAAGUUUAAUUGCUUUCUAUUGAAGACCCUGAUGUUCGGAGCUGGUGUAGUCACCCUAAAACCACUUUGAAACCCCUUCUGAACGGCCACAGAACGACCAACAGCGCAUUUUGGUCUUUGUAUUGAAUGUUUUCUGAAUUGACUGUAUACAAUAUAGGGUAAUUGAACGAAGGACGUUGAUGACCUAGCCUAGUAGGGGCCUAUAUUAUAGGUUGGCGUUUUGACUGUUUCUGCUCGAAUUUUUACGGCUGUGAAAACAUUACUCGGUUGCGGAAAUUUGCCGAUUUUGCUGCGCAGACUACGGUGUCAAUGCACUUUAUUUGCAUAUUUGCAGUACAAUAAUAUGCCCCAUAAUAUAUCAUAAAUGCAAGUCAUGUAGGGUCCAAUCAGAAAUCAGUAAAUCCAGGAACUUAGAGAUGACACUUUAGAAAUGAAAUAAAACAAAUCACGUGUUAAAUGGAAGCUGCAGUUUGAUUGGUUACGUGGUUCCAGUUAGAGUACCGUCUUUGUAAUUAGAACUGAAUUAGAAUUCUAAUGUUUUCACU